UAUCUACACGCAUUAACUUCGCUCAGACAAAUCUGUAAGGAUUUUUGAAGUUCCUUCAAUGGGCAUACUUCAAACAUGAUGACCUGGCGUCCGGUUUUCGGACUGCUUGUUUGUGUAUGCCAUCUGGCCGUAUCACACGGGAAUGACAUCCAAAAUAAACAAUGUUCUCACCCAAUGGACAUUGUUUUUGUCUUAGAUGGAUCCGAGAGUGUUACACAUCAAAAUUUCAACAAAGUCAAAAAGUUCACUACAGACAUCGUCGAUCAGUUCAAUAUAGGCUUUAAAGACGUCCGCAUAGGUGUAAUAGAAUUUUCUACAUUUAUUGGUACAGUUAUCGAACUUGGACAAGUCAAUAACCCAUCAUUACUGAAUUUUCUCAUUAGCAAUAUCUCAAUGUCAAAUGUCGGGACUGGAACGCAUAAAGCAUUAAAACGCAUGCGUGACAUGUUUCGAGAAAGAGGCAGACCGGAAGUUCCUUACAUUGCAGUUGUGAUUACCGAUGGUCUCUCUGUAAGUCCAUAUUUAACAAAAGAGGAAGCGAGACGUGUUCACCAGGCCGGGGUUGUAGUGUUUGCUGUUGGAAUCGAGGGCGACAAAACAUUUCAAACGGAAUUGGAGUAUAUUUCUAGCAGCAAAGAUCAAGCUCUUCGCGUGUCCGACUUCGAUGCUCUUCCUGUUAAUUUGUCCUUGUCCAUAUGUUCUAUUGCAGCUCCUUCAUCAACACCAAGUACUACAGUCCUAACGUCCAGCAUAAUACCUGAUAGGAUAGAGAAUUAG